CCUUUUUAAUCUUCAUACAGCCAAGGAGAGAAAAAAGUAUACCUCUCUUUCAGUUCUCUCUCAACUCUCGAACGAACAUGUCUACCAUUUUCUGGAAGAACCUGCUCAAAUGCUUACCCACCACAACCUCAUCCCCAAAUCCACUAACCUUACAACAAGAACAUGCCCAUCUAUUACAAUCACCCACUAAACCUACCACCACCACCACCACAUCAUCAAUUGUGAUCAAGAACUUCAACUCCCUCUAUGACCUCUCCUCAGCUUCCACUUCCAAAUCCCUCAGUACUCCCUCCACCUAUUCCUUCUCCUCUUCUAACUCCGACUCCGACAACGACUCACCCCCUGAUUUCGCUGCCAUCUUCGCAUCCCAACGGUUCUUCUUCUCCUCUCCUGGCCGCUCCAACUCUAUAAUCGAGCCCCCAGAAACGCUACCGGAAACUCAGUCACCUCUCAGUGGAGUUGUAGCCAUUAAAAAGUAUUCACCAGAUCCUUACACAGAUUUUAAACAUUCGAUGCUAGAAAUGAUUGAAGCCAGAAAGCUAAAGGACGUGAGGGCUGAUUGGGACUGCUUGCAUGAGUUGCUUUCUUGUUAUCUUACCUUGAAUCCUAAGCACACCCACAAGUUUAUCAUUAGUGCUUUUGCUGAUAUAAUCAUUUGCCUAUUACCCUCAUCUUCGUCAGAAUCCGACAACCUCCAGAAGCAUGAAGGCCGCCGGCGGCAAAAUGUGUCACGUUGGACAGUAUAAAAUAUUUGAUUAUUGGUAAUAUCUUUUUCCUUUUUUGUUUUCUGCUGUCAAGAAAUGCUAAGAGUAGUUUUCUUUUUAUUCCCUUGUUUAAUGGAACUACUUUGUCUGUGGUUUCAUGCAAGAAGACAAAAGGUUAAAUGUAAUGUGUUAAUUUGGAAACCAAGGAGGCGUGGGUUGUGUUAAUG